AUGCGAGCAAAAGCAUUACUGAUGGUGGAGAAAGAGGAUGUCUUAAAAUGGCCUAAGCACACGAGGUUUACACCUGCAAAAAAAUAUUCUAACAAGUAUUGUCGUUUCCACAAGGAGAAGGGUCACGGCACGGAAGACUGUUAUCAGCUCAAAAAUGAGAUCGAGAGGCUGGUGCGCCAAGGCUAUUUUAGAAAUCAAGUAACUAGGAACCAUAGUAGGGGAGAUCGUUGUACCAGAUCUAGGUGUCCGAAAAGAGGACCUGGAGGCGAGGUAAGGAGAGAUCUGCAGGUGAAAGGCAUCAUCCAUACCAAUAGUAGGAGGCUCCGCAGAUGGGUAUUCGAGGAGAUCGAGGAAAAGGUCGAAAGAAAGAGGUGUUCGCUCGAAAAUAGACAAAUCUUGAAUGUGGCACCUGAACCGAAAAUUACCUUCGGAGCUCUUGAUGCAAGAGAAAGGAUAGGAGAAGACAACGAUCCUAUGGUUAUCAAAAUGGAUAUCGCCAACUUCACUAUCCAUAAGGUGCUGGUUAACAAUGGCAGCUCAGCAGACAUCAUCUUGAUGGAGGUAUUAGUAAAGAUAGGGAUAGACAACACAAGUCUGGCACCAAUAAAGGCUCCCUUGGUCGGAUUUGGUGGGAGCGAAGUCGAAUCUUUGGGGACGAUCGAACUUCCAGUCUCUAUAGGUGAGGAACCAAGGAGAAAGAAGCUAAUGGUAAAAUUUUUGGUUGUUGAUACCUCGUUUGCAUAUAAUGUUAUAUUGGGUAGACCUGGCCUUAAUUCUUUCAGGGCGAUAGUGUCCACUUAUCAUCUCAAAAUGAAGUUUCCAACUCCAAAUGGAGUGGGUGAGGUAAUGUGCAACUAG